CCUACACGCGCGGCUUUUUCGCAGUUUUCGCAGUUUGCAAGUUGCUAAUUUACAUAGAAUCAAUGUAUUUGUUUGUGUAGGUUAGGUUUUUUUAGAGCAAGCAGACCAUACAGGUUAACAGCACUUCAAGUAACUCCUGCACGAAAAACACUCUGUCAUGUAAUGGCUCGACUAUAAAUUAUCGUACUGAAUUGCCGAGGAAGGUCUAGAGUUCCCCAAUUUUGACGGGAAAGACAGGGUGAUGGACAUCAAUGAGCGCAACUACAAAAAGGCUCUGAAGAGAUAUGACCUGCUGUGCCUGUUCUACCACGAACCUCUGCCGGCCAACAAGGGUCUUCAGAAGAGGUUCCAGAUGACAGAGCUGGUGUUGGAGCUUACAGCUCAAGUCCUGGAGAACAAAGACAUCGGUUUUGGAAUGGUGGACUCCCAGAAGGAUGUCAAAGUGGCCAAGAAACUGGGACUGGAGGAGGUGGGCAGCUUGUACGUGUUCAAGGACGACCGUGUGAUUGAGUUUGACGGGGAGCUCUCAGCAGACACUCUGGUGGAGUUCCUGUUGGAUGUGUUGGAAGACCCAGUAGAGAUGAUCAAUAAUGCCAUGGAGGUGCGAGCCUUUGAGAGGAUGGAGGAAGACAUCCGCCUCAUUGGUUAUUUCAAAGGAGAAGAUUCAUAUUUCAAGGCUUUCCAGGAAGCCUCAGAGCGGUUUCAGCCUUACAUCAAGUUUUUUGCUACAUUCGAUAAAUCUGUAGCCAAACAUCUUUCCCUAAAGAUGAAUGAAGUUAAUUUCUAUGAGCCAUUCAUGGAGGAGCCGGCCAUCGUGCCUGGAAGACCUCUAUCCGAGAUAGACAUUGUUGAAUAUGUAACCCAGCACAGAAGAGCUACUUUGAGGAAGCUCCGGGCUGAGAAUAUGUUUGAGAUAUGGGAAGAUGAUAUGGAUGGAAUACAUAUUGUUGCUUUUGCUGAGGAAGAAGAUCCAGAUGGAUAUGAGUUCCUGGAAAUCCUGAAAGAUGUGGCCAGAGACAAUACCAACAACCCAGAGCUGAGUAUUGUCUGGAUCGACCCUGAUGACUUCCCUCUGUUGACCACUUAUUGGGAAAAAACUUUUAAGUUGGACCUGUUUAGACCCCAGAUCGGUGUGGUCAAUGUGACAGAUGCAGAUAGUGUCUGGCUGGACAUGUCCAAUGAUGAGGACCUGCCCACUGCAGAGGAGCUGGAGGACUGGAUAGAGGAUGUCCUGUCAGGGAGGGUGAACACCGAGGACGACGAUGAGUCCGCUGAUGAGCCCGAAAACCCUGACAGCUACAUCACGGAAGACAGCGAUGAAAUUCAUGACCUAGAUGAAGGAGAUAAUGACGAUAACUACAACUGACCCUCAAAGCUUUAUAUCCGCGCAGAUCAGACCUGAACUAGCUUGGAACAUCACAAUAUGAGAUUGUAGACAAAUUCAGAUGUCUCUCUUUUUUUCUAAUGACUUUAAAAAUGCUAAAUUAAACAAAUUCUAAAACAUAGAUGGUGUAGAUGUUAGAUGUUUUUGACUAUGGUUGUAAAACCAAAGUAACAAGCUAAGAGAUGCUAAGACAUUCCAUGAAGCUGACAGGAAUUAUUCAGUGAGGUGAUACAUUUUUGUGUGUUUCUGACUCAUGACACAUAGUGAUUUGACCCGCAUUUUUAAUAAACAACAACAAAAAAAUUAUUUUUAGCAACUUUAAGGUUUACAUGACCAAGAUAGCAAUGGCAACUUCUGAGUGUAUGCAUGUCUGUGAAAAUAAAUGUCAACCAUUAAAGCUCAAACUGUUUCUUGUGACUCACUGUGUUAAUAUUAUUUUAUAAAUAUAAGAUUUGCCUCAAACAUGCAAACUUGCAUGCAAAUAUCCUUCAAACUUGUGUCCUCUACCAGAGGCCUGGGAGCUUGAGGGUCCUGGUUUGGUCCAGCUGGUUAGCCAUCAUUAGUUUGUCUGUAUCUAGAAAUCUCACAGGACGCAGUCAUUCUUAACCACCCUAAGGGGCGUCUCCCAUUUUUACAUAUGUUUCUGUAUACUAUGCUAACCACUUGGUUGCCUGUUAGCAUCUUCCACCCUUCUGUAUCCUGUCUGAGCUGGAUCUUCACACAGCCUGCACCUGGGUCUUGCCUGGUGUAGUAAACCCCAGCCUCUAUCGAUCUUGUGCUUAGAACUUGUUCCUGUGCUGACAUGAUUAUUGCCUCUGUGCUGUUUUUCAGUCCCACUUUGUCCAGACAUUGGUACAUUUUUUGAUAUCAGCCAUUUCUUCUCUCUGCUGGUGGUACAUGUCCUGCAAGGGCCCAUCCUUCCAUGAUGGUUCUUCUUGCUUCGCUUCUUUUUUGGCUUUCUGUUGCCUGAGGUAUUCACUAAGCCCAUGACCAGUUGUGACCAUCUUCCUGAUGUACUCAUGGAUCUUUGUGUGGUUCUGACACUUCUUCCUUCUGCUUAGCCUACAGUCUUAGGAUGUUGGACUUGGGAUGAAACCCUUCAUGCGUGUCCUGUCUUGAUGUCAGUGGCUU